CUGCAGCUGUCAAUCUUGCUAGUCUCGUGUCUCGCGCUAUUUCCCCAGUUGGUGGCAGAGCAGUAUGGCAGCCGUUGUGCUGAGGUCUUGCUGCAAAGGACUUGGGCAGACUUUAAGAAAUGGAGGAGUGGCAUCCUUUCCGCGAAAAACUUGGGGAGGAGUACGGCAUAAAUCCUCAGUUGUGCAGUUUGUAACACGACAAGACCUUCCUAAACUGGCCUACCGUAAGGUGAAGGGAAAAAGCCCAGGGGUGGUCUUCCUGCCUGGGUAUGGCUCCAGCAUGAACGGACAAAAAGCAGAAGCACUGGAAGAGUUCUGCAAGUCUUUGGGUCACUCGUACCUCAGGUUUGACUACACAGGCCAUGGAGCCUCAGAAGGCGUUUUCAAAGAAGGUACAAUCGGCACCUGGAAGAAAGAUGUCUUGUUUGUGUUGGAUGAGCUAGCAGAAGGACCACAGAUCCUGGUGGGCUCCAGUAUGGGUGGCUGGCUCAUGCUGCUGGCAGCCAUUGCCAGGCCAGAGAAAACGGUCGCUCUGGUGGGCAUCUCCACGGCAGCGGACCACUUUGUCACGUCCUUCAAGUCUUUAUCUUUAGAGGCCCGUAAGGUGUUUGAAGACAAGGGCGAGUGGUCAGUCCCCACCAAGCACAGUGAUGACGGCCUCUACACCUUCAGCAUGGACAUGCUGCGUGAGGCAGAGAACCAUUGUGUCUUGCAGAGCCCCAUCCCCAUCACCUGCCCGGUCAGGCUCAUCCACGGCCUGAAGGACGAGGAGGUGCCCUGGCACAUCUCCAUGCAGGUGGCCGAGCGAGUCCUCAGCGCCGACGUGGACGUCAUCCUUCGCCGGCACGGCCAGCACCGCAUGGCCGAGAAGGACGACAUCAAGCUCAUGGUGUACACCAUCGAUGACCUCAUUGACAAGCUGACCACCUUGGUCUGAGUUGGGGAGGGAAGGGGCUCGGAAUGGAGGAUAAGGGGGAAGUAUGUGAGAUGGUAAUCAUCCCAUCCCCCCCCCUCACCUCUCCUCCCCUCCCCAAACAAUCAGCCAAUCAGGUGUCUUUCUGCCAAAUAUAACCUCUUAUCCCCAUAUAUUCCCUCCCUAGCUCCAGCCCUCCUCCAGUAAAGUUCUUGUUAGUUUGUCGUCAGUUUAAAAAAAACGUGAAAGGAGCAUCACAAGAACAAACUGUAAAGACGGGGAGCUCGUCUGAAUCCCUGGCCCGUUCUGCCUUUAGGAGUUAGCUUUUUACUCGUCCAAGUUUACUCAGUGCAGUGUUGUUGUGGUAGGAGCUCUAACAGGACUGCUGGUGCUGUUUGUCUGACGGAGCGUCCUGGUCCUUUUUACCUGAGCUGUGCCUCUCCUGUGCCUUUUUUUACCAUUCAUCACCCUGGCCAAUAAAGCCUCUGGACACCUUAGUGCAGGUCUCUUCUGUGUCUUCUCCCACAGUUUCUCCAGCUAUGCCCUACACCUUGAUGGCGCCACCAUGGGUGUCAUACACACCGAAAUGGGUAUAUCUUCAACCCUCUGAGACCAUCUGAUAGGAAUGAAACAGUUCUCACCCUGCGUCCAAAUCAAUGCAGUGACUUAAGAGAACACGUGGCCACAAACGUAGGAAAGGAACCAACGACCUCAGGAAACGCAAUUAGCCGAGAAACCCAAUCCCCAUGGUCCUAUAGGAUAGGUUGAGAUUACAAUAAGAGAUGGUUUUGUGUAAUGUAGCUGCGUAUAAUUGAUUUAGGGGCAGACCAUCCCAUUAAACCAAUCCUGUAUCCGUACUAGGUCUUUUAACCAAGCCUAGUUGUGUGGCAGCCAGUGCGCCGUUGAUUAACGUGAUUGGCCGGUGGACCUCUGUGUUUAAUGGGCCGAAACGUCGCAGGCAGCAGUAACACUCUCAGAUCUGCUAAGUGCUGCUUUGACCUUUCACUCCUAUAGGGAAGGUAUGCAAUCAGUCAACUCUCCAUCCAAACAUAACCCAUAGGACAUCAUUCACAUGUCCAGGCCUCAGAGUGUGAAAAAGACAUGGGUGUAAAUCGGCAAUGUAUGAAGAUCAAUAUAUCUGGUAUGGAUUAACAUGUUUAAGGAAAAAUCCCAAGGAUGACGAGUACUGGAGAUGAUAUAUUAAAGAUCAGGAAAUACACCAGAAGUCUUUACAAACUGUAUAAUGUGACAAUUUGACAGAUUACCUUAACUGAGACUGGGUUGAUAUGUACAGUUUAAUAAACAAUGUAACUCACCCAUA